UCUUACUGGUAUGAUCCAUGUGUUUUCCAAUGCUAUUACUUUUGCCCUAUCUUUCCACCACUUCUUCAUGGCAAAGAGUUGAGGUACGAGUACUUCAGAUGUCGGUCAUGGUCUGUGCGUAUGGAUCAGUUUGAGGACCCCUGCGGCUACUUCCCUGCCCCGACUCCCGAGAUCUGCGCUUUUGAUGAACGCGACCGCGAAAAGUGUCCUGAGUUGAAGCUGGAUCUGACGACGAGCAUCAGGAAAUUGACAACAGAUAAUCUGCACGCCUUUCAAUCUUCAAGUCACUCGUUUGCACCGUUCUCCAAUACAGUUCACAAUCAGGCGCAAUCCUACGAUUCGAAACCCACCAAGAUGACGCGCGCGCAGCACACCAUCUCCAUCGCCCUCCUGGCCUCUUCCCUCUACCUCGCCCUCUACCUGCAGCUUAUCCCUCUGCCGGCGCUGGUACAGACCGAGAUUGUGCCUGUGCUCCCCUUUUGGGCCCUCGUCACCUUCGGCGCGUACCUCCUCUUCGUUCUCGGUUACAAUGUCAUGACCUUCAACGACGUGCCCGAGGCGCACAAGGAGCUCAUGGCCGAGAUUGAGCUGGCCAAGACGGACUUGCGGGGGCUUGGAGUCGAGGUAGAUUAGUCUGGAUGAAUGGAUUAAUAUGCGGCGACGGAAAACAUUGAACUGGACUGCAUGAAAUGGAUGGGCUGUUUUCUCAAGGAGUUUGCAACACUGGGCCGAGUAAGGGACAG